CCGGUUUCAUUUUUGUGCCGGGUAUAAUAAUUGUAGUUAUGUAAAAGUCCCGUUUAGAGUUUUCAAGAAUUCAAAUAGAUAAAGCUCCGCAGUCCCUGGUCACGUUAAUGGAUUCCCUUGGAAUUCAAUUUUGUGAAAUGGGGUUUGUGAAACAAGUUCAAAUUUCAUCAAGACAACUCAAUAGUUUUUCAAAUAAAAAUGAGAAAACUGUGUGUGGUUUGAGAAAUGGACCAAGAAAACCCAUGUGGAGGUCAAGGGUUUUGUCCUCAGAGGCAAUACAAGCUGUCCAGUCUGUGAAAUUAGCAAAAUCAUCUGAUAAAUUAGAGGAGUUGUUGAAAAACAAACUUAGUAGGCUAUUGAAGGCUGAUGUAUUAGACGCCUUGACUGAGUUGCAAAGGCAAAAUCAACUUCACUUGGCUCUCAAGGUGUUCAACUUUGUCAGGAACGAGGAGUGGUACACACCAGAUUUAUCUAUGUUCAAUAGUAUGAUAAUGAUGCUGGGCAAACACAAAUUCAUUGAAAUGGCCGAACAACUCUUUGUGCACAUGAUAAAAGAAGGCCUGCAACCAGAUAGCAGAACCUAUACAGAGCUGAUUGGGGCGUACUUUAGAGUAGAUCUCAUAGAGAAGGCCAUGGCAAUGUAUGAACUGAUGAAGAUAUCAGGAUUCUGCCCAGAUAAGUUGACUAUGAGUAUUUUGAUUAGGAACCUUGAAAAGGCUGAAGAGAAAGAGCUUGUUGUUAGAGUAAAGAAAGAAUGCGCCAACUAUAUUGACUAUCCAGAGAAAUUUCUAAAAGAAAUUGAAAAUACCAAUGAUGCAAAAUCUAAACUCCAAGAUAAUAUCCUGGAGCUCGUCGGCACGUGCAAAAACCUUGUAUAAAAGGAGGGUUUCCUACCCAGCUAUCAAGCUUUUAGUUCAACUUUAAUCGUUGUCUGAUGUGAAUGAAGGAAGAUGCAGUUUCUGAGGUGAUUUGGUUUGUGGAAUUCUAGGAAAGCUAUAAUUGCAGGAAACACAAUUAAGUCGAGGAAACUAAGGGGUAACAUGAUGCAAUUUUUUUCAUAACCUUGUCAUUUUUUAUAUGCCUCUAACUCAAUGUGAUACAGUUUUGGAAACUAUCAUGUAGUUCUAAGUUGCAAAAUAUUAGAAGUUAAUAUGAUGUUUUAGAGUUGUAGCUCUAGAAGUUGAAAUUUCAGGAUAUGUCUUAGAGUGAGAAAUUUGUCCGAGAAGGAAAAUAAAUGCUUUUUUGAGGAAAUUUGACUUUCCAGAUGACUUGCUCCUUUUUGUCAGAGGAGAUUUGACUUCAGUCUACAAUCAAAUAUUGAGAAGAGAUGUUAUAUAUUUUGGAGGAGUCUGAUCUCAACUGAUGAUAAGAACAGUACUGUACAACAAUUUGUUUUAUUUAUUUGGGAUUGAAGCC